AUGGAAUAUUAUAGAGAAAAGGAGUUUGAAGAAGAACAAGUAGAUGAUCCUGACUGGGUUCCACAGCCAAGUCAUCUAACAGCAAACAAUAGAGAAGAGGAGGUUGAAGAAGAACAAGUAGAUGAUUCCGACUGGGUUCCACAGCCAAGUCAUCUAAUAGCAAACAUUAGAGAAGAGGAGGUUGAAGAAGAACCGGUAGAUGAUUCCGACUGGGUUCCACAGCCACGUCAUCUAAUAGCAAACAUUAGAGAAGAGGAGGUUGAAGAAGAACAAGUAGAUGAUUCCGACUGGGUUCCACAGCCAAGUCAUCUAAUAGCAAACAUUAGAGAAGAGGAGGUUGAAGAAGAACAAGUAGAUGAUUCCGACUGGGUUCCACAGCCAAGUCAUCUAAUAGCAAACAUUAGAGAAGAGGAGGUUGAAGAAGAACAAGUAGAUGAUUCCGACUGGGUUCCACAGCCACGUCAUCUAACAGCAAACAAUAGAGAAGAGGAGGUUGAAGAAGUAGAUGAUCCCGACUGGGUUCCACAGCCAGAUGGAGAUGACAUCAGUGAACAUGAAGUCAAGCCUAAUGAAACAAUUGGCGUGCCUGCUGAAAACAAUCAGGAAGAGAGGAAUCUGUCCUUCCAACCACCAAAAAAGGAUCAAUGUGAUCUCUGCAUUUCACAUGAAGUUGGAAAUGCAUAUUGGUGUCAACACAGUGCUAAGCCAUUUGUGCAAAAUAUGAUGGGUGAUCAUAUGGACAACGAACAGGUCAGAAGGCAACUUUUUAUUGAUGAACAUGAAGAAAGUGACGUAUCUGUUGACAACAGUGAUGCUGAUCCUGACUUUUUACCGAAUUUGUUAUUAGAAGAUGAAAAUAAUGAGGAUGCUCCAGCAGACUUGGCAGGAAACGAAAUACGGGCCCGUUCUCCCCAUCCUACACCUGAGAAGCCUGUUCGAGGUCGAAAAAGGAAAGUGAACAUGUCUAAAAAAGAGAGAAAUAAGAAAAGGAAAAAUGAAGAACAAAAUGUGACCCCAGCAUCGGAAGACAAGUACAGGCGUAUUUUCAACGAACAAUACAAUAUAGGGUUCAAAUUACCUAAAUCGGAUACUUGCAAAACAUGUGAUAUGAUUCAUAUUAAGUUGAGUGAACCAACAACAAGCGAGGAGGAAAAAGCAAGUUUGCGAAAUGAAAAAGAAUUGCAUUUGAGAAGAGCUGAUGCUAUGCAGGCAAAGCUUACUGAAUACACAACAGAAGCUAAGAUGCAUCCUGAUAGGUUGCAUACAAUAUCUAUUGACCUGCAACAAACACUACCCACCCCUAAACUCACCUGUGGCCCAGCAUUUUACUUACGGAAGCUAUGGACCUACAAUGUUGGUAUCCAUGACUGCGGAAACAAUCAAGGUUACAUGUUUAUGUGGGACGAAGGAACCGCAAAACGAGGCAGUGAAGAGAUUGAGAAAUCCCCAAUGACCAUGAUGAUAAAACAUCGGCUUAACGCUGAGUUUGCUUCUGUCUCGUUGAAAAAGAAAGGAAAACCGGGAGCUGCCCGAGAACUAACAAACAAACAUAGGCUAAACAACUUAACAAACAAGCAACAAUGA